AUGCCGUGCGUUCUCGUGCCCCCCAAUUUUCUUCCACUCACUGAUUUCUCCCGCGCAUACAGCAACAUCAAAGAUAUUCCCGUCGGCGCGAUCUUCCCCAACCGCGCCGCCCUUGCCAAAUCAGGGCUGCACGCGCCGCUGCGCGCGGGGCAUCUGGGCCGACACCACCUUCGGCGCGCGCUCCGUCGUCGUGAACGGCGGAUACGAGGACGACCAGGAUAUGGUGUCUAUACUGGGCAAGGCAAAGGCCAGAGCAUGCUUGCAAAGGCCAUGCAGGGGAAUGCCCCCCAGCAGGGAGACCAGGACUGGAAGAACCCUGGAAAUCUGUCCCUCAAGAGGAGUGCUGAGCAGGGCAAGCCACUCCGGGUCAUCCGUGGGGACAAAUGCAAGUCCAAGUAUGCGCCAACGUCAGGAUUUCGCUAUGACGGACUCUACAAAGUAAGCAACCCAAGGCGUAUACGGGGCAAGGAGGGACACAUGGUCUGUGUGGUUGACCUGGUGCGGCUUCUAACCCAGCCUCCUAUUCCAGCAGGUCCUGAGCCUGUGCCUAUCUUGGACCCCACUGAAGGUGGCUCAAAAAUCUUGAAGGCAGACAACCCAGUUCUCAGAGGUGAUGACAACAAAAGAAAGCUGAGCUUUCUGGAUAAAGAUUCUGUAUCUACUGCCAAAAGGCCCAAGAUUGAAGCUGAGCCCUCAGUACCAACCUUUGAAGGGAGGAACAAGUAG